AGGAUUCUGGCCUUGUGUGCAAAUACACUCGCAUACAAGGAUGCGCUCGAAGAAGUGAUCGAGCGGGCUGGGCUCCUACAAGGUAAAGGGGCAUCGGUUGCGCUGAGCAAAGGCGGCGCCGCUUCCGUCUCUUCAUCUACAAAGGGCUCGGGCACAGAGCGGCCUUCUAAAAAGCAAAAGACAGAUGAUCCAUCCCAUCACAUCCCGCAUUCCAACGUUCCGUCCGCUAGGUCCCUCCUUCUCGUACUACUGUACGACAUGCUCAUGAAGACCAGCGGCAUUCAAACAUCUAUUAGCUACCCUCCAACCGCAUUCUUGCUCUCGCAAAAAGCACGCCUUCACUCUGAGCUGGUUCGCCUUCAGCUCCGGCGCGGAGCGGCGACCAUUGCGGAUCUGCGUUCAGAUGGCAAGGAGCGGCAGAAGGCAGCUCGCAUUCCCCGUUGGGUACGGCUGAAUACAGCUAGAUUCGUGAACCAAGACGAGGCUCGAGAUGAAUGGGAACAAUGGUUGCACGAGACCGGCUUGACGCCACACAGUGAGACCGAGGAUUGGCUGAACGAACCGAAAACAUACGUCGCGUCUAGACAUGUGUCGAAUGUCUACGCUUUACAUACAAGCAUCACCUCGCAAGUUAUCUCCAGUGAAUGGUAUCAAUCCGGCAAGAUCAUACUGCAAGAUCUGGCAAGUUGCUUCCCUGCUCAGAUCUUAGCCUCCUAUUAUGUCCGCCAUUUCGCAAUUGAAAAUCGGGAAGGCUCUCAGCCAAAGUGUCUACAUGCUGUCGAUGCGACCGCUGCACCGGGAAACAAGACAAGCCAUUUGAGUACGCUGCUUGAUGCGCUCGCAAGACCCUCAAAACUUAAUGUCACGGUGUCCGCGUUCGAGAAGGACAAACCACGGUUCAGGACCCUGGUCAACCUGCUCGGCAAAGUCGGUGCGCUCGCUUCGGCUUCUACUGCUCCUCCCAAGCCUCCCCUCCUCAGUCCACGUGCGGGGGCGUUCAAUGUCCAAUGCUUCCAUGAAGAUUUCUUGUCCACCGAUUCAAAAGGCGACGAGAGAUGGAAGGACGUGCAGAUGAUGAUGCUGGAUCCGAGUUGCUCUGGUAGUGGAAUUCUCGGCCGCCUCGACCACUUAACGAAUCACUCAGAAAGUGAGGUGGAACAAGAGACAGACGAGAACGACGGUUCCGGCUCCAAUUCUCGACUGGAAAGCCUCGCGAAGUUUCAGCUGACGAUGAUCAAACACGCCAUGAGCUUCCCCGCUUUACGAUGCUUCACGUACUCGACUUGCUCCGUGCACGAGGAAGAGAACGAGCAGGUCGUUGCUAAUGCGCUGGCACUCCCCCAGGCGCGGGAGAGUGGAUGGAGGCUUGCUGGCCGAGAGGAUGUCCUGCCGGCCUGGCCGCAGAGGGGCGUGAAGGGCGUGGCGGGAGUCGACGCGGAUGCGCUAGUUAGAGCGGCGCCAGGGGGGGCGGCGGGUGUGCAAAAAUCCAGCUGCCACGAUCCACACGUGGAGGCUACAAACGGGUUCUUUGUCUGUCUCUUCGUGCGCGAUCCACCUGCAACAGCUACGCCAGCUUCACUCAGCAACAAAAAGAAGAACAAAAAGAAAAAGAAGAAGAAGAGGGGCGGCGGCCUGGGCAAGGCGGACGACAGUGGCAAUGCAGGCGAAGCGAAUGAUGAAGCAGAAGCCUCUGAUCAAGAUGAAUGAAGCUGUACUACAAGCACUGGCCUUCAAUCGCUGGGUUCCUCGUCCGUCACAAAAGUGCGAUGCAAGUUUU